CUCUCUCUCUCUCUCUCUCUCUGGUUGCCGUUGUCCCGCCCACUCCCUCUCCUCCCCUUUCACUCGUCUUCCUCCUCUUCCUCCUCUUCCUCUCAGCUCCGAUUGCGUAUCUGCCUUCUCCCUGGCUCCUGCUCGCGCGCCUCCAGUGAUGACAUACCAGACGCUCAGCCUGCCGGGGGUGCUGUCUCCCUUUGCAUGGGGCCUGGCAACCGACUUUGUCCACAGCAUCUACCUUUCGCUGAUGAUUCGCCGUGACUUGUCCAGCAACACCUACCAUCGUUCCAACCGCCUGCUCGGCGCGGUGGCCUACUUUCUGAUGCACUUCUCUUCCGAGAUUCUGUUGCGCUUCCUCUUCGGCGAGCCCCCCCUGUCUGGGCUGGCGAAUAUCACCCUCCCCCGGGUGGUUGUGGCUCUUGCCGGAUGGGCUCUGGUCAUCCACGCGCAGAUUCCCCUCCCUCGGCCUGGGCUGUUUUUCCUGGCCCUCGCCGAGGGGUGGAUGACCUACAAGAAGCAGGGUGACAUGAUCAACCAUGCGAUGAAGGUUUAUGGCUCCGAAAACAUUCUCCCGGCCAUGGCCGUUGGGGUCAUCUGCGGUGCGUGGUCCCUGUGUCUCCGUUGCUGUCCUCGGAAUUCUGUGUUCCCAUGGCAGUUGCCAGCACACAUUUCCCUGCCCGUCCUCCCCCUCUCACUUUCUCUGUCUCCCUCCUCCUCCACACAUGCACGAUUACACCCACUCUCCCAACAUUCAGUCCUCAAUUCCGCCUUCAUGCGUGGGAUCUUCUCGGUCAUCCGCUUUGGUGGCGUGUCCAACCCCGGAGGAGACCUCUUGACCAACCCUGUCCUCCGCGUGGCUUUCUUCACCUCCGGGGCUUUCUUGCUGAAAUCCCGCCUGGCUCCCUCGGCCGCCCGGAUUCUCACUCCCCAAGUGGCCGUCCUCCUGUCCGGGCCGCACCUUGACGCGGCCAUCAUCGUCGCCAUGACGGUGGCCUUCCUGUAUCUGUUGGGGCUAGUGCGCCGAUCGCUGCACUAGCCGAUCCGUUGGCACCUACGCAGCCAUUGGUAAUAUAUCACCCCUGUCCCCCAAGGUUGCCGUGGCGGUGAUGGCUACACGAGGCAUGGGAGCCGGUGGGCGUAGGCGGUGGCUCCCCCUUGACGCACAUGUGCUCCCCCCCCCCGGACAAGAUCUCGGGCCGGCGCUGCUCCUCGCCUCGACCGGGCCGCACACAGCCGGAUGGGUUCUUCUGCGAAUACAAGCUGCUAUGCAUGUGUGUGGUUAGGGCGGCGGAGAGAUUCGAGCGGCGCCGUGGAAGAACGCCCAGG